AUGACCAACAGUCAUGUGAAUGCAAACUUCUCGAAACGGUUGAGAAUCUUCAAGAACGGGGACGACUCAUUUGGGGGAAAGCAGAUUGUCAUCAGCCAGAGAGCCACCAAAUCAUGGGACGCCUUCCUGGCGCAAGUGACCAACCAGCUGGACAGCAAUGUGGCCGUCAGAAGUAUUCACACGCCCGUCAACGGCACUGCCAUCACUUCCAUGGAUCAACUCUCCGAUAAACUUGAUUACGUUGCAGUUACGACUGGAACGUUCAGAAAAUUAAAGUGA